CCCCCCCCCCCCCCCCGGGGCUGUUAGCCAUGGAUCAUUCGAAUGCGAGUGAGGAGGCUAUCAUCAAAAGAAAUUCGAGUCUCGAAACAGAUGCACCGGGCCGGAAGAGCCAAGCCCCCUUAGAUGAUGAGAACCGCAACGAGCUUCAAGAUCUCUAUGCCACUAUCUCACGGAGAUCAACCAUGCCUGCGGUUGAUGAUCCAGAUGUCGAUCCAUCGAGCGAUUCGUUCAAAUUACCCAAGUUUCUAAAGUUGAUGCGGCACCAGCUCCAGGAAAUCGGCGUCACAAUGGAGCAUGUUGGAGUUGUGUACAAGAACCUGAACAUAUACGGUAAAGGUGAAGCGCUGCAGCUCCAGAAGACGGUUGGCUCCAUCUUCCUGGCCCCGCUACGAGUCAACGAGUGGUUUAGCUUCGGCAAGAAACAGCACAAGCACAUUUUGCGCAGUUGCGAUGGUAUCGUCAAACCUGGUGAGCUUCUCGUCGUACUCGGUCGGCCUGGCUCAGGAUGCAGCACGCUUCUCAAGACAAUGUGCGGUGAGCUGCACGGGCUUGAGAUGAGUAACGAAUCUGUUGUUCACUACAAUGGCAUCCUCCAAAAACAGAUGAAGAAGGAAUUCAAGGGAGAGGUCAUCUACAAUCAGGAGGUUGAUAAGCACUUCCCUCGCAUCACAGUCGGACAGACACUCGAAUUCGCGGCGGCUACACGCACACCAGAGAGGCGUCUUCAGGGCAUGUCUCGCAAGGAGUCCGUUAAAUUUGUUACGCGCGUAGUCAUGACUGUGGUUGGCAUGACCCAUACAUACAACACCAGAGUCGGCAACGAGUUCAUUCGCGGCGUUUCUGGAGGAGAGCGCAAACGUGUGAGUAUUGCCGAGAUGAUAUUAGCUGGUUCUCCAUUUGCCGCCUGGGACAACAGCACAAGGGGUCUCGAUUCCGCUACGGCAUUGAAAUUCGUCAAUACUUUACGACUCGUCGCGCACUUCGCUGAAAGCGCCGCUGCCGUCGCCAUCUAUCAAGCCAGCCAGAGCAUUUACGACUUAUUUGACAAGGCCACUGUUCUCUAUGAAGGCCGACAAAUCUACUUUGGACCUGCCGAUGCUGCGAAAUCCUUCUUCGAACGGCAAGGCUGGUACUGCCCGCCACGCCAGACCACGGGAGACUUUUUGACAAGCGUGACUAACCCACAUGAGCGCAAGGCACAAGACGGAAUGGAGGAUAAAGUCCCUCGCACGCCCGACGAGUUCGAACGCUACUGGCGGGAGUCGCCCGAGUACAAGGAGCUUCUUGCCGAGAUUGAGGAACACGAAAAAGAGAAUCCGGUCGAAGCACAAAGCCUCAACCUAGAACAGCUUCGCGAACAGAAGCACCUCCUCCAGGCUAAACGUGUUCGUCCUGGAUCACCUUUCCGGAUAAGCGUACUUAUGCAAGUCAAACUUUGCACUAUCCGGGCCUACCAGCGCAUAUGGGGUGACAUUACGGCAACAGCAUCACAGGCCAUGCUCUAUAUUGUCAUGGCAUUGAUUAUUGGCUCUAUGUUCUUUGGCCUCGCUAACGCGACAGUGAACUUCUUUGCGAAAGGCUCAGUUCUCUUUCUCGCUCUUCUAUUUAACGCCCUUAUAGCGAUUACUGAGAUCAACGGUCUUUAUGCACAACGUCCGAUUGUUGAGAAGCAUGCCAGCUAUGCCUUCUAUCAUCCAUUCACCGAAGCCAUGGCUGGCAUUGUAUCCGACAUACCAGUUAAAUUCGUGCAAGCUGUAUUCUUCAAUAUCAUUCUUUAUUUCAUGGCCGGACUGCGACGCGAACCCGCACAGUUCUUCCUCUUCUUCCUCAUCACUUACAUAUCCACCUUUGUCAUGUCUGCCAUCUUUCGGACGUUGGCGGCUUUGACACAAACUGUCUCGCAGGCCAUGGCUCUUGCGGGAGUGCUAGCAUUAGGACUGGUUGUCUACACCGGUUUCACAAUCACCGUCCCGAGCAUGCGCGUCUGGUUCAGCUGGAUCAGAUGGAUCGACCCACUUUUCUACGCCUUCGAGAUCCUGGUCGCCAAUGAAUUCCACGGCCGCCAAUUUACGUGCUCAGCAAUCAUUCCAUCCUACACACCUCUCCAAGGUGAUUCAUGGAUAUGCGACGCUAUUGGAGCUGUUGCGGGCCAACGCACAGUCAGCGGCGAUGCCUUCAUUGAAGCGAAUUACGAGUACUGCUACUGCCACGUCUGGCGAAACUUCGGCAUUCUUAUGGGAUUCCUCUUCUUCUUCAUGUUCAUCUACUUUGUUGCGGUCGAGUUAAACUCGUUGACAUCGAGCAGUGCCGAAGUACUUGUAUUUCAACGAGGCAAUGUCCCCGCUUACAUGCAGAAGGACGACAAAGAAAUGCAGUCUGAUCGGGAAAAGCGUGUUGCAGUUGAUGCUAAUGCAUUGGCCGCUGAAGCAAACGUCAACGCUUUCAUGCCUCAAACGGACAUUUUUACAUGGCGCGAUGUUACGUAUGACAUUCAGAUUAAGGGGGAAGAACGUCGCUUGCUGGAUCAUGUCGCUGGGUUCGUGAAGCCGGGUACACUUACGGCAUUGAUGGGUGUAAGUGGUGCUGGCAAAACAACAUUACUUGAUGUUCUUGCUCAGCGUACAACAAUGGGAGUGGUCACGGGAGACAUGUUCGUCAACGGGAAGCCUCUAGAUGCGAGUUUUCAACGCUCGACUGGCUACGUACAACAGCAAGAUCUUCACCUUGAAACUGCCACAGUUCGCGAGAGUCUUCGUUUCAGUGCCAUGCUGCGCCAACCGAAGACUGUCAGCAAGCAAGAGAAGUAUAACUAUGUGGAAGAGGUUAUCAGGAUGCUUAACAUGGAGGAUUUUGCCAGCGCUGUUGUCGGCGUGCCCGGAGAGGGUCUGAAUGUAGAACAACGCAAGCUGCUGACAAUUGGUGUCGAACUGGCAGCCAAACCAAAACUUCUGCUCUUCUUGGAUGAGCCAACGAGCGGUUUGGACUCUCAGAGUUCCUGGGCCAUCUGCGCUUUCCUCCGCAAGCUCGCCGACCGUGGUCAGGCGGUGUUGUGCACCAUUCACCAACCUUCUGCUAUUCUAUUCCAGGAGUUCGACCGUCUACUCUUCCUUGCCAAAGGAGGAAGAACCGUUUACUUUGGCGAGAUUGGCAAGAAUUCCGGCGAACUUCUCAAAUAUUUCGAGGAAAACGGUGCCCGCAAGUGCGGGGAUGAAGAAAAUCCGGCCGAAUACAUGCUGGAGAUUGUCAAUGCCGGGAAGAACGAUCAAGGUGAAGACUGGCAUGAUGUCUGGAAGCAAAGCAACAUGCGCCAGAUAGUUGAACAGGAAAUUGAUCGCAUACACGAGGACAAGAAGCACCAAGAGGCCGCCGGCGCAGACGAACCCAUACCGACUUCAGAGUUUGCUAUGCCAUUCGGUCAGCAGCUGUAUGAGGUCACUUAUCGUGUCUUCCAACAAUAUUGGCGCAUGCCCACCUACAUCUUCGCAAAGAUUGGUCUUGGUAUUGCUGCAGGUUUUUUCAUCGGGUUCAGUUUCUACCAGGCCAAUUCAUCGUUGGCUAGCUUGCAGAUCGUUCUGUUCUCUGCUUUCAUGCUAACCACCAUCUUCACGAUCCUCGUACAACAGAUCCAACCACUCUUCAUCACCCAACGAGAACUCUACGAGGUGCGUGAGCGUCCAAGCAAGGCCUACUCCUGGAUGGCCUUCAUGAUGGCCAACAUCAUCGUCGAAAUUCCAUACCAGAUCUUCACCGGCCUCCUCAUCUGGGCCUGUUUCUACUAUCCAGUCGUAGGCACCAGCCAAAGCUCCACUAGGCAAGCGCUCGUCAUGCUCUUCUGCAUGGAACUCCUCAUUUACGCCAGUGCCUUCGCGGACAUGACAAUCGCCGCGCUCCACGAUGCGCAAACCGCCUCUAGUCUGGUCAUGCUACUCACCUUCAUGAGCAUCCUGUUUAACGGCGUGCUGCAGUCUCCCACCGCUCUCCCUGGCUUCUGGAUCUUUAUGUACCGCGUGUCGCCCUUCACCUACUGGAUCGCCGGAAUAUGCGCCACGAUGCUCCACGGCCGCCCCGUCCGAUGCACACAGGCCGAAACCUCGCAGUUCAACCCACCCUCAGGCCAAACAUGCGGUCAGUACCUCUCCGCGUAUCUCGAGACUGCACCAGGCGUUCUUCAAAACCCGGACGCGAUUGCCGACUGCCGGUACUGUUCGCUCAGGAGCUCGGACCAGUUCCUGGCCCUCUCGAAUAUUUACUACAGUGAGAGGUGGCGCAACUUUGGCCUUGUCUGGGCGUAUGUCUUGUUUGAUAUUGCGGUGGCGGUGCUCACGUACUGGACCUUCAGGGGCGAGAAAAAGCGGAAGGGUUUGUCGAAGAAGACGGGGUCUAAGAAGGGCGGAAAAGCUAAAGGUGAUGUUUAGUUUCGCCAUUAAGGAUUUCUCGCACGGGCUUUUCAGGCGUAAUGGAGGUGUAAUGGGCCGACUGUUUAGUUCUGCAGGCCAUUAAGGAGUAAUUUUCUAGUCCUCAGCUGUAAUUAGCGGACUGUUUAGUUAUCUUCUGUCUCUUAGCCCC